AUGGCAUUUCGAAGUUAUGGUCGCGAGCGACCGCAUACCGCUUUGGAGUCGAAACUGCCGACAUUUUCAGAGUCGCUGUGGGUUCAAACGUCCCAUGGAUUCCACAAAUCGUCGAAUAGAUGCGCCGGCAAAAGGAUUGUGUGUUUGAGCGACGUUUCUUAUAGGUUUUGCUUCAACACCACGUUGAAUUCGAUAGCUUACGGUAGCGUGAAGUAUUGUCCGGAGUCUACGGUGUGUUGCGAAAAGGACGAAACGAAAAUAUGCGUUGAGGCGGAUAAUUACGAGCGUUAUAAUAAUACUGCAGAUUUUAAUUUAUUCCAUCAAGCUGAAGGUGUUUUGGAUAGCGUACAACAGGAAAAUGUGAGAAAGUAUACAAGUACACAAAAGCCGGUUGGAACGACGGCGAAGAAAAAUAAAUCAACUACAUCGUUUCCACAGAGAAUAAAACACACUACUAAAACUCAGAAGCGAAGGAAAAGACCGUUCUUAACCGUUAUCAAAGAUUAUCUACUGAAAUCGAGUAACAGGAAACAAUCCAAUAAGAUCAAGAAAAAAUCCAAUAAAACCAAAACUAGAGGGACGUUGAAACCUUCCAACACUGUUAAAAAAAGUACACUUCAAAAACUAAAAAAUUCAAAACCUUCGACCAAAUUUACCACUUUAACUCCAACCCAACUCACAACAACCAAUAAGACACUAAUCACAUCGACUUCAACAACACCAAUUCCAUUUUCCCCGAAAACACAAAGCACAACAACUUCCACUACAUCAACACCAGCUCCACCGACUAUUUCCUCAACAACAACACCGAUUUUAUCAUCAACAACAUCUUCACCUGCAACGAUUCCUGCUGUAAUCACUAGUAGAGCAUCCAGUGCGUUUACAACACCACUUUUUUCGAACCCACCAACGACAAACGAUGGGAAAUUGGCAUUAAUUUCGAGUACGUCCAAAUCACCCUGUUUCGCUGCUGAAAUUCCCACCACGCCUAGUCCGUGCUCGUUCUUCCAGAAGUGGUAUCAAUCUUCAACAGCGUAUUCGUUGAGGACGACUUCCAUAGAAACUACGACUGUUUCGACAGGAGGUAGGCCUGCAAUUUGUAAAAUUCCUGCGAAGUAUCCAGCGGAAAAGUGCUACGAAUACCACGAAUGCAAGCCGGUGAUGUGGUGGUAUAAAUGGCUUUUGAUGAGGUGCAAAAGUGGUUACGCCUUCGAUCCGAUUGCAUCGACUUGCUUGGAAAAUUCCGCUUGUGUUUAUUAAUAAAUUAAUAAACAUAUAAGGUAAGUAUUGUCGGUGCAUAACAUAUAUGAAUGCAACGUAACUACUGUCGUCAUAAUUGCCAAGUCACUUGUCAUACUGUACAUUGCCGAGGUUGCAAAAUAGUUGCAAGAUCAACUGGUUUACAAUUUUUAUUUCAAAACAGUUGCUCCGUGAGCGGUGGGCCUAAGGGUUAAGCUUGCUUAAUGUGAUACAGCAAAAAUUGUUAAACAAAAAAGGUUCAUAUUAUACUCGACUUUAAAGAUCUGGCAUUUUUUGUUAGGUUAAUAUAGCGGAAUUCAUAGAAAUAUCGCUUUUUUAGUUUCCAUAUUCCAGUUACACCCCAUAGCGGCCUUUUGAGAAACUUGAAAAUAUUUUUCCAUGCUAGUAAUGCUAGUAACUGUAACCUUAGUCAUAAUUUUUUUACCACAAUCCUCUAGGAUGCAUAGUUUUCCAGAUGCAGUACCUCGCAAUCUUAAAAUUGGCCACCCUGUACACUAUUUUUUUUUACUCGCACCGUUAAAUAUAUUUCAGAUGAGA